AUGUCGACCCACCGCGAGGCUGUCCGCAAUGACCAGCCCUACUCCGACCCCAACCCCAUGCCCAAGUCGGUCCCCCAUGUCGACGAGCUAGGCACCACCUCCGCCCCCCUCAAGUCGGCCUCGUUCUUCAUCGGCGACUACUGCAAGGAGUACAACGGCAAGUGUCAACGAAAGCCGCUGCGAAGGGACAGAGAGAAGGAAGGGAAGGGGACAGCGGAAAGGGACGGCACGACUGCAAAGGCUGCGUCUACGACUCAAACGCCAGUGGGCAUCGACCGAAUCUCCAUCUGCGCCAUCGUGCAUGAGCGGAGCUAUGCCCGGACCUUAGUUGGUCUCAGCUGGGAGAGUGAUGCCGCUGUGUGUCAGGGCAGCGUUGCUUGCACGUCGGCGCUCAGCGGAGUAUUGGUGCUGGGUGUGCCUAGUGAUCGACGCGGACCGGAAUGUCUCGUUUCUCGGCUGCCAAACUCGGCGCGAAGCGGCUUCAACUCGAACGCUGUCGGUGCCGUCCGUUCCGCUUCUCCUUUCCCUCGUCUCUCUGUCGCCCAGCAGCCAGGCCGUUGGAAUGUCGCUAACCCUACAGAGGACUUCAUGCUCUGCAAGAACGAGAACCGCGACCCCGAGCACUGUCUCGCUGAGGGCCGCAAGGUCACGCGGUGCGCGCAGGCUGUCAUCACGAAGCUGCGGGAGAACUGUCUCCAGGAGUUCGACAACCACUGGAAGUGCCUGGAGAACAACAACCAGUACCUCCACGCGUGCCGCAAGGACGAGAAGAAGUUCAACGACUGUGUCUUCGCCAAGCUCGGCUGGAAGAAGAACAUUCCCGGAUCACCGGAAGGCGAGCCGCAGGUGUUCGAGAAGAAGAACCCGAUCUACACGCGAGUCCAGAAGUAA